AUGCCAAAUUUGCUUAGGGCUAGCGAUCGUUCAAUGAAGAUGAGAUCUGAUAGCUCUGCGAUAGACCAGAGGAGAUCAGCUGCGUUAUCUCCUCAGCAAGAAGCGCAGUCGGAUUCAACACCUGCUCACAAACUUUCCGUUGCUUGUGACACUUCCCUAUCCACAUCCAGCGAAAAAUUGGAAAGUAGCGUUAGUAAUCGGAGUAGUACCACCACAACAACAUCGGCAGAAAACGAGGCGACUCCGAGUACCUCUACUGGACAUCCGGAAGAUAAACCCGUUCCGGAUUACUGCACCGGUAAUGAGGAGGAGGACAAACGUUUGAAAAAGCUACAUUAUGCAGCAAAGGAAUUCUACACUGUGCAAGAGUCAUUCCUUAAAUAUCUAACAAUUAUGGGAGAGAUUUAUCCGGAAUAUGUCACCGAGUUUGGUAAGCGUUUGGGUAAAGACCUACUUAGUCGUCAAGGAUCUCAAGAACACGUGGUGCGCGAACUGCAGGUUCUUUUCGAACAGCUCAAAGGUUUCCAUCAGCUACUUCUAGAAGAAUUCUCUAAACGUCUUGAUUCAUGGAGUUCUCUUGAACCCAAUAUGGCGGAAGUCAUCGUUAAGUAUGCUGACUUUUUGAAAAUUUGCAAACCUUUUCUUCUUCAAAAGGGACGGUUUGUACAAGAACUCACUCGUUUGCGCGAAGAAAACAAGGAUUUUGACAACGCUACUGUUGCGUUUGAACAAAAGAUUCUGAAGCGAGGAGUUGGCGCUGUAGUACAACAGUUAGAUCAAGUACAUCAGAACUUUAUGAGGUACAAGAUACUGAUGAUGAGUUACAACAGGUAUUUAAAGCCGGACAGCGAAGAGCAACGUAAGACUUCUGAGGCUAUAGCAAAAUUGGAAAAAAUAGCACAGUCCGUGAAUGAUGCCAUGGGACUCCCAAGUAGCGAGCAAUUGUGCAAACUGUACGAUCGAUUCCAGGUGAGAAAUAUCAUAUUAGAGAAAGUCUUACAAACUUCCAACGGGUGCGUGCCACCACUGAGACUGUCAGCGAAAAGUCGCCGUCGCACGACCAUACCGGCCGCCUAGCC